ACUAAAAGGAACGACAAAGGACCCCGCGAAAGAGAAGUGGGAUUCAAAAUUUCAAAACAAACCCGAGAUCGUUGUUUUGUCAUGCAAGUGUUUACUCUGAACUAGCUGGCUGUUGCACACACAACCCAGUUCGUUAUUUGAAAACUAGUAUAAGCAUGGACGCAGAUGUAAAGCCCGACUCCAGUACAAUUCACAAACCAGUGGAUGUCCCGAAACCGCCUUCAAUCGAGGAUUUCAUCGUUUUGAAGCCCAUCAGCCGCGGUGCUUUUGGCAAGGUUUACCUUGCACGAAAGACAUCCAACUCACGAUUGUAUGCCAUUAAGGUGAUGAAGAAAGCAGACAUGGUUGAUAAAAAUAUGAUGGGCCAGAUGAAGGCAGAGAGAGAUGCACUUGCUCUCAGCAAAAGCCCCUUCGUGGUUCACCUGUUUUACUCCCUCCAGACAGCCACUAAGAUCUAUCUGGUAAUGGAGUACCUUAUUGGUGGAGAUGUCAAAUCCCUGCUUCACAUCUAUGGGUAUUUCGACCAAGAUAUGUCUGUAAAAUACAUUGCAGAGGUUGCACUGGCUUUGGACUACCUCCAUCGUCAUGGUAUAAUCCACAGGGACUUGAAGCCAGACAACAUGCUUAUAUCCAACGAAGGUCACAUCAAACUGACUGACUUUGGCCUUUCUAAAGUCAAGCUUGACAGAGAGCUGAGUCUCGUGGAUAUCCUUACUACUCCAUCGUUGGCUAAACCAAAAAAAGACUAUUUCCGCACCCCAGGUCAAGUCCUCUCCUUAAUCAGCUCCCUUGGGUUUAAUACCCCAGCAGGAGAGGGCAAGCGUCACUGCAGCGCAUCUGCUGUGUCCAGUCCGAUGUCCUGUGGCAAAGUAAAACAGAAAAAUAACUCUCUUGGUUCUCCCUUAAUGAAGAACAAAGAAAAUCUGUACUCUCCAACUCACUACCCUUGGAAAAUGGGUAUGUUUGGACCUAACAAAACUGUGUUCAAUCCUCAUAAUAUGACUAAAAAUCUGACUCCCACAUUGCUGAAGACCAGAAAGAGGUUUGAGACGAUGAGUGCAGACAGCACCACCACUGACAAUGAAGGUGGCGUCAGUCCACUGUGGGAGUGUGAGGAGAAAGAAAAUGAACUUACUAAUGAACAGAAGAGCAGAGGACAUUCUGAGUCCAAAGGGCCUGAACAGGACUGUGCACCCACAAAAACAGGCAUCUUUGGCUUGUCUAAGGACACCAGCAAGAAACUGUCAAAUAAGACAAAUCCAGACCAUCUUGUGGGAAAAAAGCCUCCAGCCGACAAACUGGGGUCAGUCUCCACAGCUCAGGGUGACUUUUUUCCAUCAGCCUCAUCUGUAAAGAGAACGUUUUCUGAUGUUGAGAGAAGUCCUGAGUCAUUGGCGAUCCAAGCCAAGAAGAAUAAUACACACUAUAAGAGAUGUUACCAGAUUCCAGAGGAGUCUGUGAGGUUUCACACUGGCCUGACUGGAACAUUUUCCACCAUCCAAAUAGGCGACUUCAUGGCCUCCACAGAGGGGAUUGGGUUGGAUGAAGACCACGGUCCAAAGCGCUCCAGUCCUAUUGCUGUGGCCAAAAGUCUGUUUUGUGAACUGGAAGAGCCAACAGAGGAUGUAUUUGAAGAUGGAGCCAAAGACUCGUCACAUUCAAGUUUCACAUCACCGCUUGCUGGGAGCAGUGACGUUUGCAGGAGCUUGAGCCUUGACUCUGAUGGCUCUGUGCAUGAAACGUCUUUCACUAUUGACAGUCAAGCAUCUCUCAAGCCAAGCAAGUAUUCCAAAACCAGGAAUUCUGCAUCAUCUGAGGAGCAAGAGGAAAAUAAAGACUCACUCCUUGGUGAAUCAUGCCCCAAAACUCCAUCGGCUGUUACUACAGAAACACCCAGACUUGGUAACUUUGGUCAAAUAGGUGAAUCUCGGUGCUCCUUUCUUAACCGACUCCCUGAUCUGACCUGCAGUGUUGCGCAGUCCUCCUCAUUCCUCAAGCCACGAAAUGUUGUAGCUUUCCGCAGCUACUGUAGCUCCAUUAACCGCUCCAACAUGUCAGGUGUGUCCCGCUUUAGUAUUGGUUCUGUUGAGGCUAUGGACGUGUCCACAGCAGCUUCCCAUUACUCUGCGUCUGGCACAGCAACACCAGUGCAGAAAAGACUCUACUCCAGCAGCUCUCUUUGCCAGACCCCUCAGCCCAUGUUGACCUCGCAAACCCCUUUCAGGACUCCAAAGAGUGUGAGAAGGGGUGCACUGCCUGUUGAAGGCGCACCCCUUUUAGGAACUCCUGACUAUUUGGCUCCAGAGCUUCUUUUGGGGAAACUACAUGGAAGUUGUCAGUGUGAUUUCAUGGUGGACUGGUGGGCGCUCGGUGUGUGUCUUUUCGAGUUCCUGACGGGUGUGCCACCUUUCAAUGACGAAACGCCUCAGCUGGUCUUUCAGAAUAUUCUCAACAGAGACAUUCCCUGGCCUGAGGAGGAGGAGGAACUGUCUUCAAACUCAAGAAAUGCGAUUGAAAUCCUCCUCACCAUGGACAUGACAAAACGGGCUGGUCUAAAGGAGCUCAAGCGUCACCCCCUGUUUGAGGGCUUGGACUGGGACAACCUGCAGAACCAGCCGAUGCCUUUCAUACCUCAGCCGGAGGAUGAAACUGACACCUCAUACUUUGAGGCACGAAACAACGCUCAGCACAUCGCUGUGUCCGGCUUCAGUCUGUAGUAGUACAAACAUUAAGAGGAGUUUUAUCAAAGUAGCAGUCCACAAUUUUUGGCUAUUGAUGAAUCACUUGCUUUCGAUGUGAAACACUCCAAAAACCCAUUAAACAGAGUUUAAUGAGUUUUGUGUUGUUUUGUUGUGGUGUUAUAUUGUCAGUCAC